CGCUUGCCAGGUACGGUAAAUAAACGUUACGCGCGCGAAAUUCAUUCGUUGUUGUUGUACCAUCUCAACUAUCGAAACAGACUAUAUUUACAAUAUUGAAGACUUGAUCUGUACUACAUCGGAGAUCCAGCAUAUUUUAACAUGGCAGCGUUAUACAGAUUAAGCUUGAAACGGUUGAAUCAGUUUGGGAAUGCCGUAAAUUCAUUCACAAACACUGCCAAUCGGAGCUCCAACGCCUUUUGUUUCCAGCGGAACGGAGGGAGUCCCAGCCGCCUGACCACUCGGGGAGCUGAGGUAAGAUCGUUCCGCUGUACAGCAGUGGGGCGUGCCAUGCAAGUUUCAUCAACCAACAUCCCAGAGCUGAACGAUUUUGAAGCACUUGGGUAUUCAUUUAACUCGCAUGAAGAACUGUAUAAAUUUUCACUCAAUGAACCUGAAAUUUUCUGGGGAACACUAGCAAGAAAUAGGUUGCGAUGGUACAGAAAGUUUGAUGAAGUGAUGGACUGCAAUCUUCAAGAGGGCAAAAUUGCCUGGUUUCAAGGAGGCAAAAUAAAUGUAUCAGUGAACUGUAUUGACCGUCACAAGGAGGCUUCCCCCGAUCGGGUAGCCUUGAUAUGGGAGAAAGAUGAGCCUAAUCAGGAGGAGAGGAUCACCUACAAGCAACUGUAUGAGAUGACCAAUCAACUUGCCAACUCACUACGUCGUCAAGGUGUAAAGCGAGGUGAUCGAGUCGCUAUCUACAUGCCUGUUUCUCCUCAUACAGUAGCUGCUAUGUUAGCAUGUGCAAGGAUUGGGGCCAUUCACAGUGUUGUUUUUGCAGGGUUCAGUGCUGAAGCCUUGGCUAGCAGAAUCAUUGAUGCUGGUGUAGAGACUGUUAUGACCACUGACCAGGCUGUGAGAGGAGGAAAGGUCAUCGGUCUGAAGGCUACUGUAGACAAAGCCAUGGAGCAGUGUCCGAAGGUCAAGCGAGUCUUUGUGUCCAAGAGGACUGGAGCUGACAUCCCCAUGUAUGAUAGAGAUAUACCCAUGGAGGAGGCUAUGGCACAAGAAUCAACAGAAUGUGAACCAGAAGUGUUGGACAGUGAGGAUCUUCUCUUCAUGCUUUAUACCUCAGGGUCUACAGGGUCUCCUAAAGGUCUCGCUCAUUCACAAGCUGGUUACCUUCUCUAUGCCAGUCUAACUCACAAGUUUGUAUUUGACUAUCAGCCUGGUGAUGUCUAUGCGUGUGUUGCAGAUGUAGGCUGGAUUACUGGACACAGCUAUGUCGUAUAUGGUCCUCUCAGUAAUGGCGCCACAACCGUGUUGUUUGAAAGCAUUCCCACCUACCCUGAUCCAGGAAGAUAUUGGGAGAUGGUAGAGAGGCUAAAGAUCAACCAGAUUUAUGUAGCCCCUACAGCCGUGAGGUUGCUACUCAAAUCAGGAGACUCUUAUGUGACAAAGUAUGACAGAUCUACAUUGAGAACACUGGGAUGUGUUGGUGAGCCACUGAACCACGAGGCAUGGGAUUGGUACAACAAUGUUGUUGGAGAAGGACGUUGCUCACUAGCUGAUACAUGGUGGCAGACAGAAACCGGUGGUAUAUGUAUCACGCCACGCCCAUCUGCUCCCAAUGCUGAAAUAACAGGUGGUCCUAUGCGCCCCUUCUUUGGAAUCGAACCCGCUCUCCUUGAUGAAAAGUGUCGGGAAGUCACAGUGAACAAUGAGCCUGGCGCCCUCUGCAUCCGGAAACCAUGGCCAGGAAUAGCAAGAACCAUAUAUGGCAAUCACAAACGCUACCUGGAGACGUACCUGAGUCCGUACCCAGGAUUCUAUUUCUCUGGUGAUGGUGCAGUCCGAGACGAUAAAGGUUACUACCACAUCACAGGUAGAAUGGAUGAUGUCAUCAAUGUCACAGGUCAUCGUCUAGGAACAGCAGAGGUCGAGGAUGCUAUGGAUGAGCAUCCUGCCGUAGCGGAGACAGCUGUAGUGGGCUACCCGCAUGACAUUAAAGGAGAAGGUGUGUAUGCAUAUGUGACUCUGAAGGAUGAUGUGACAGAAAGCGAAGGAGAUAUCAUCAAGGAAUUAAAGGCUCUAGUCAGACAGAAGAUCGCUGCUUAUGCUGUUCCUGAUAUCAUCCAGAUCACUCCAGGACUACCGAAGACACGCUCUGGUAAGAUCAUGCGACGUGUCCUCAGGAAGGUGUCAGCUGAUCAGAGCGAUGAACUAGGAGACGUGUCCACCUUGGCUGAUCCUUCCAUCGUAGAGAUCAUCGUAAAGAACCAUGAUAAAGUGGCCAAGAAAUAGAGUUGCCUAGCUGAGAAUUUGAAG